GCCGGACACUGGGCGAGGCGAGCCCGCUGUACCGCUAUGGGAAUGAGCCAAGGGAUCCAGGUGAAGCUAGCCCCUCUUCCGGACUGCCCACCACCUCUACCGCCCACGCGCCCGCCCACACACACCGGACAAGGACAGCCGUGGACCGCGGGGUACAACACCGACUCUGUCCUCCAGUGAGAUCCGCGGGAGGACCGGGAUGAGCCGUGUUCGAUCAGACCUGUGUACCGGGCUGGAGGUGACAGAGAGAAGCAUGGCAGCGGCGUGUGUGUCCGCAGUGCUCUUGUGCUCAGCGGUGGUGUCUGCGCGGGUCUUGAGCCCCCCUGAAAAUCCCCCUGUCCUGUCCCCUCGUAAGUACCAGCACACAGACGCCUCCUCGGGCGCUCAGCUGGCCUGUGACAAGUGCCCAGCCGGGACCUAUGUCUCAGCCCACUGCUCCCUCAGUGCAGAGCGCGAGUGCGCCCCCUGUCCAGAUGAGACCUAUACACGUGGGGAGAAUGGAGUGCAGCAGUGCCACCGCUGCAGAGAGCCCUGUCCACAAGGCCUGGUGGAGAAGACGCCCUGCACAGCCACCCAGGACCGCGUCUGCACCUGUCCCACUGGGACGUUCCUGUCAGAAGGGAUGUGUAGAUCCCACUCCUUAUGCCCCCCUGGAACCAGAGUGAAGAAGCGGGGCUCUGACACAGAGGACGUGCUCUGUAAAGCCUGCAGCAAAGGCACUUUCUCUGAUGUACCGACUAGUGCAGUUAAGUGCAGGACUCACCAGGACUGUCCUUCUCAGGGGCUCGAGCUGCUUGUACCAGGGACCAGAGAGACAGAUAAUGUCUGUGGACUUCCCUCUGCACAUUCUUCCACUGGGGUGUCACUCACAACCCUAUCUGUACUCCCCAUUUCCUCCACACCUCCACCCAAAACCACAGCCUCUCCCCCGGGACCAGAGCGAGCAGAGCCACUGCAGGACACUCCCAGCUUCUCCUCUGUUCCUUCAUCAGAACUGUCCAGUCAUGUCCGGUCCUCCUCCUCCCUUCACAACUCUAUAGCAGAACAUGGAAACAGAGGUUUCCACCAUCAUUCAGCCAACAUCCAACUGAGGAGAACCAUGAACGCACAAGUCCAGAACGCACAACUUUUGGACCACACUUCUACUUCCAGUGUCCCAAAUCAGAACCCCACCCGGACUCCUCUGUCCCCUGAACACCAACUGUCCCAACAGAACUCUGGCCCUCUCCCUGGCCCCAACAGAAAGAGCAUGGACAUUUUGGAGAGCAUAGACACUGUAAAAAUUGGAGCUGGCAUCAACAAGGUGCCCGGGGGGGUCUCUGGCUCCUACCGCCCCACUCGGAGAGGGUCCCCAAGGCCUAGCAGCACUGAGCACUUUGACAUUAACGAACAUCUGCCCUGGAUGAUUGUUCUGCUGCUGUUGUUGGUGCUGGUGGUGAUCGUAGGGUGCAGUGUGAAGAGGAGCUCGAGGGUGCUGAAGAAGGGUCCAAUGCAGGAUCCCAGCAGCAUCGUGGAGAAGGCCAUCCACAAGAAAGCCCACGGACCCCCCACUCAGACCAGGGAGAAGUGGAUCUACUACUCCAAUGGGCAAGGAGUGGACAUCCUGGAGCUGGUGGCGGCUCACGUGGGCUCUCAGUGGAUCGACUUGUACCAGGUGUUGGCUAAUGCUACGGAACGUGAGGUGGCUGCCUUUUCAAAUGGGUAUGUCUCUGACCCCGAGCGAGCUUACGCAGCCCUGCAGCACUGGACCAUCCGAGACAGCGAUGCUAACCUGGCUAAGCUAAUCAACGCUCUCCACAGACACAGGCGCAUAGACGUGGUGGAGAAGGUCCGCUGUGUCAUGGAGGACAACCCACAGUUUGACCUGAACCAGCUGAUGCCCUCAGUGAACGGCAGUCAAAGCCUCAGCCCCAUCCACAGACCUCUGGAGUCUCCCAGCUUUAACAGUGUAGGGGGCAGCAGUAACAGCGUGGGAGGGUCCAGUGUGGGGGGUUCCAGUGUGGGAGGGGCCAGUGUGGGCGGGACCAGUGGAGUGGGCAUGGAGGCUUCACCAAUAGAUCGGGCCAAGGGCUUCUUUCCCGACGAAUCAGAGCCGCUGCUGCGCUGUGACUCCACCUCCAGCAAAGACUCCGGGCUCAGCAGGAACGGAUCCUUCAUUACCAAAGAAAAAAAGGACACGGUGCUGCGGCAGGUGCGCCUCGACCCCUGCGACCUUCAGCCCAUUUUUGACGACAUGCUGCACAUCCUGAACCCAGAGGAGCUGCACACACUGGAGCAGAUCCCCACAGCAGAGGAUAAACUCGACCGCCUCUUUGAGAUCGCAGGGGUCAAGAGCCAGGAGGCCAGUCAGACCCUGCUGGACUCGGUCUACUGCCACCUGCCCGACCUCCUCUAAAACAGAGACCGAACUGAUCCAGACCUGUUCUGGAUCUUUCACCUCUUAUCUAGACAGUAUCCAUCUAGAUUUUGCUAGACUUUAUCCAGACCUGUUUUAGACCUGAU